AAUCGUCAUGUGACUUCUCUCCUCCGCGGCACCAGGUUAAACAACUAGGGUAAAAUGGAUAAAGGGGCUGAUGAGACAACCAAUCUUUUGGGUAACCAAACACAAAACUAUGGCCCAGGAGCAGUCGACCAAAGUAUAGAAAUUUCGGACCAAGGUGGCCAAAGCUCAGAGCCAUCAACGCCACCUGUGGGCAUUACAUCAAGUAUGGAAAGGAAUAAGAACCUACGACAGCGCCAUCUACGGUCUGGGGAGUGGGACGGAGCUGUAGAUGGCACCAGCAGUGGUGAUGAUGGAAUGUACGUGUUUGUACAGAAACCUGAGAAUGAAGUGGAAGCUCAGAGGAUGCAGCAAAAUUAUAUGUUUGGUUUCAAGAAAUGGAAAAGUCAUGUGACAGCGCGCCCUCUGGCAGACAGAUCAGACAUUGUGAAACAGUUGUACGCAGAACAGGAGAAGGUGCCACCACCACAAGUAUCAGUUUACAGACCUACUAAUUUCCUGUAUGUUAUUUUACUUGGCUGGUGGAUUGCCUUACUUUACUGUAUAGUGGGAUGCCUCAUGCUCUUCACUAUCAUAGGAAGAAAAUAUGCUUUUUUCUGCUGGAAGAUGGCUGGUUACUUUUUCUGGCCGUUUGGGAAGUUUGUCUCAAUGGUACUCCCUAGAGUCAUCAGACUUAAUGAGAGUGGCACAUUGCUGGAGUCAAGGGACAGGGAUUACACUGUCAGUGACACGGUGCCUCUAGUCUCAGGAACACCUAGCCUGGGAACAAAACAUAGUAGCUAUGGUUACUGGAAACAUCCCCAGACAUACAUAUGGCUAGUGCUGGGGCUUCCACUGUUGUUUAUUGUCCAUGGAGUGGUGUUCCUCCUCUCCUGGUUCUUAGUGAUCACCAUCCCAGUAGCCAAGUUAAAUCUGAAGGCUAUAAGAGUUAUGCUGUUUCUUCCUCCUGACACUGUUCAAAUCAAAACUUCCAGCAUGAGCCUAGUGAGUCCUGACAGUGAGAUCAUCAUCUACACACACCAGUCUGUGAAUUUUUAUUACUACAAGUACACAGUUGAUGGCAUGAAUGUUAUCUUAGUCAACCUUCUGGUAUUUGUUCUCCUCUCUCUGGUGUUGGGCUAUGCUGACAGAGAUAACCACCUCACAGGGGAUGUUACCAAAUUUAUCUUGUCCUUCCUUGCCCUCAUCCCUCUGUCAUAUUACAUUGGAAUGGCCAUUACUAGUAUCUCAGCCCAGAGUAACUUUGCUGUGGGCGCCUUGCUCAAUGCCACGUUUGGCUCCAUAGUAGAGAUCUCCCUGUAUACUGUAGCUCUUGUGAAGGGGAGACAGAGUGGAAAUACUAAAUGUUAUUCAGAGUUAGUCAAGUCAGCACUAGCAGGUACACUGUUGGGGACCAUGUUAUUAGUGCCGGGACUGUGUAUGAUAAUAGGAGGUCUGAAGCAUCGCCUGCAGGUGUUCAACCCCAGAUCUGUGGGCGUCAGUUCUUCUUUACUCUUUGUCUCUGUGGCAGGUGCCUUCACCCCCACCAUCUUCUCCAAGGCGUAUGGCACUCUUCAGUGUGGUGAGUGUGUGUACGAUACGAACAGAACCACGAGUGUUCUUCCCAACACUUCCUACGCCCUGCAGUGCCAGGACUGUGAAUACUCUGUGUUUGGUUUCAAUGGGGACCACACCUUAUAUGACAAUCACAUCCGCCCCCUGGUGUAUGCCUGUGCUCUGGUGCUCCCCAUAGCUUACCUCAUAGGACUGAUCUUUACCAUGAAGACACACAAAUCUCACAUCCAUGACAAGUUCAUGGAGGAGGCUAAAUCACGGGCCACUGGUGAUGGUCAUGGUACAGAUGUCCACUGGGGGAGAAUUAAAAGCACAGUUAUCUUGCUGUGUUCUGUCAUACUGACCUCUCUGAGUGCUGACAUUGCCACGGAACACAUACAACCCGUACUAGAAAACUCUUCAGUAUCACUGUACUUCCUGGGUGUCACCCUGCUAGCUCUGGUCCCUGAUAUCCCAGAGGUGGUCAACGGGAUACAGUUUGCACUGCAGAAUAAUGUUAAUCUUAGUAUUGAGGUGGGUACAACCACUGCAGUUCAAGUUUGCAUGCUUCAGAUGCCCCUUCUGGUACUGCUGGACCUCAUCUAUCCAGUAGACUUUUACCUCAUCUUUAGUGACCUUCAUCUUUGGGCUGUGAUUUUCUCAGUUAUUGUGAUGAACUACGUCUUCCAAGAUGGAAAGUCAAAUUAUUUCCAAGGCUCAGCGUUGUUUAUGGUGUACGUCCUGCUGAUACUGAUGUACUUCUUCUCCCCGGCUGGCAACGAGGUGUGUGGGUCACCUUGACCUGGGUCACCUUAACCUGACCUGACUUUGACCUUGGUCACUUUGACCUGGUUUGACCUUGACCUGGGUCACCUUGACCUGACCACACCUUGACCUGAUUAUUAUAAAACUGGUGCUUGUACUGAGGUCUGCUUCACAGAUACUCUCACUGCUGCUCUUGUCUGUGUUAUGAUUUGUUGUGACUGGUUGUGAUCUGUAUGAUUACUGUGUUACUAUUGUUGACAGUAGGAUCAUUUGUAAUGGUUAAGGUGUUCUAUGAUUUUAUAUUAAGAGUAUUAGAACAAGUAUUAGCGUUUUGUUUUUAACAUGAUAAUUGUACAACAGUUUCAAAUAUUACAAUAUUGGCUUUCAGGGUUAAAGUGAUACUGUUGUCUUUUAAUAUGUAGCUACUUUGAUCCAUCUUUGAUCCUAUUUCUUGGUUAGGAGGAUGGAUAUUGAUUUUGGGCUAAAAAACUAGAGACAGUUAUGAAUUUUAAAAAUGUUUUUUCUUGUUAAAGAGAUUUGUAUGUUGUCAUGAUCUUUGGUUACUGUUUACAAAAAAUUUGUUGUAGCUGCUACAUUAAUAUCAUUUGUCAAUCUUGUCUUAUUUGUGCAAUAUUUAUAUUUUAUGAUAGUGUUAAUAAGAAUAUGCUUUACAGCUGUGGAUGAACAAAUAUUUAUACUGUACAUGGCACUUACAAUACAUUAUUUGUUUAAAUGUUUCUUCUUAUGUAUGCUGUGCAUCAGCUUGUCUUCUGUUACGUUGAUUGCCUUUAAAUAUGUACAGAUUAUAUUUGUAAAAGGUUUUAAAAAUCAAAUUUAUAUCAUCAUGGGCAUUAGUUAUUUUAAGUCGAGAAGUAUUAUUUGUUUUAUUGCUGUUAAUAUUAAGAAAAUGCACGGCAUGUAUUCAGUGUAGAUAUGUUAAAAUUGACAAUUUUGAUAUUUAAAGAAGUGGUUUGAUAAUUACACCUAUUAUAUAUGUUUGAUUGAAUUAUAUUUUAUUAGAACAACGAACAAACUGGAGUCGGUGGCUCUGUUUUCCAUGGACAUAAAGGGAACUUUGUAAGCUCCUGAACCACGUAGAAUAUGAAGCGGUUCCAUGGGCUUGGCUAUUUGUAUUUGUGUAAUUUGCACAAGCUAUUUUAUCCUUGUUACUGAUUUAUAUUUAGAGCUCACCAUAAAUUUGAUCAGAACUAUUGAGAUUUUUCACCACGUGUUUGGUUCAUCAGUGGCCUUUAUUGAUCUUCCGAAACAACGAUGUUGAUCUGUGUAACGUUUGAUGUAAGGCCGGUGUUAACGUUAUUUUAUAUCCACUUUAUAAUACUGUACGGCCGAUUUCAAUGUGCAUCUGCUUUAUUUAUCUGAAUUGUUACUAUUAGCGGUGGAUUGUGUUGAUUUACAUGUUGUAAGAAGGACACGGAUGCUUUAAUAAUUUAAUUUCUGUUACGUUGGCUAUGUCUUUCGACAAACUCAAAUACAAACAUUGUUCAAAGAUUUUAGACUAUAGACCUAGAGAUAGUACAAUUAAGUUGGCCACGGCCAUUAUUAUACAAUAUGUGACAUUUUUGGGUGAUAUAUUAUCAAAACUUGCACGAGUAGAUAGCGGUUGUGAUAUAUUCUAGGUACUGAUUUCAGGGUGUACUCCUACGUGUACAUAGUU